ACGAUUGGUUGCUAAGCAUAGUACGAUACCAUGGCACGGAUUCACCAUGGUGAUAUAUUAUUAUACCACCGAACGAACGAGUCCUAUGAUUAUUAUGAAUGAGAGUCCGCGUUAUACCACAUAGUCUUGUUUCUUUUUCCAAUCUCUUUAAUAACAUUGAGCUUGUCAACGAACAAAGAUGAGUUAUAGUGGCCGCUCCAUUCAAACCAUUGCAGCACGGAUCACGUUUCCAUUUGUUGUUUUCGGUUUAAUGAGCUACACAUUACACUCAUUUAUUGUCCGUGUAUAUGGUAAAUUCGAAAAUCUCGGGAUUCUUUCUUUAAAUGUUGCGCGGUUUCUUGGUUUCCAUAGGGUACCCGGGUGUGCGCGGAGAGCGAGGAAAACGGACGGACGUUGACGCCAAUCUAAUGUCUAUAAUAGGGCGCUUGUUACAACAACCGGAUGUUCGACUUUUAGUGAUUGCGGUUUCGUUGUGGGGGCUCUCCUUGUUCACAUAUACAAGAUUAUGGUUCACAUCACCAGGCCAUCCAACAACAAAAGUAGCAAAACCCUAUCCGUCGUCGUCGUCGUCGUUAAUUAAUGAUGAAAGUGGCAAUACACGAACGAGGCUACUUGACGAUGCUAAUUAUGCGCCUCGGUUAUCAUUAUGCGAUGCGGAUGGUCAGCCGAGAAUCUGUUCCGUAUGCAACGUGUUGAAGCCAGACAGGACGCAUCAUUGUCGACAAUGCAAUCAAUGCGUUUUAAAAAUGGAUCAUCAUUGCCCUUGGAUUGGUGGAUGCGUCGGCCAAAACAACCAUAAACUGUUUUACCUCUUCCUUAUAUAUACCACGACAUAUGCCUGCUGGAUGAUGAGCGUAAUAUGGUCACCAUUGACCCACGCCAUCUCAGCCAAUCAGCCCAUCACCCUGCGUCUAUGCUGGAAAGCGUACAAACUCUACCUUUAUACUCUGUUUCGAAUUGGCAUGAACAUUUACCACAUCGGGCGUUAUCGAUGCUGGAUCCCUCUGUUUACUGGCGUCACUGACUACUGGAGCGAAUAUGCUUGGAUUGAUAUACAUUGGGUGAUCAUGCUCGUACUAGGCAUCCUUUUCCCGGCAGUGCUAUGUGGUUUCACAGGGUUCCACAGCUAUUGCAUCUUGCGAAACAGGACAACUAUCGAGCAUGCUAGCACUCGGCCUUACCAUGUCCGUGUGGAUUAUUUCAACGACAACAACAAGAACAAGGAUAAAGAUGCUAGUAAGCAUGAUGGCGAUAGCAACAGUACUUUUGCCAUCCAUCAGCUCAAGUCUUCCGAGCGGCUGUGGGAUGAUGGCAUCAAAAACAACUGGAUAUCGGUCAUGGGCGUUUCUCCAUGGUUUUGGUUUGGUACAUAUAAACAUUUGUAUUCCAUGCUUCUAUGUUUAUUGCUGUAUGAUCUUUGUGUGUGGUGGAGCUGAUAAGUCUUUCAUUACCUCACAUAUUAUAUAUAUACACACACUAUACCAAAUGUGCGAAAUCCGUGUCCUCGUUCUGACGUAUCAAUAACAACAAAAGUGCCCCUUGGUCAUCAUCAUGAAAAGACGAGACACGAAUGCGAUUAUUUAUCCGGAAAUUUAAACCUGCAUAGUCGCAUCACUGACGGAAGCCGCUACGAGUAGCAGUAGCACCAACAGAAGUAAGAGUGGUAGAGGUGCCGUUGUUGCCACCCGAGUACGACAUAGUAAAGUUAUCGAAUGACAUUCUGUAAUAAACAUUUUUCCUUUUGCUGCUUGUUGAUUGAUGGUGUUGCUUUGUUGUGUUUGUAUACAUGUUAUGUGCCAUGGUAUGUA